GAGAUUUUGCAGCUCUCCUGCCCAGAAGCAGCACCUGCUGCAGUGAUGUCCAUGUCCUCCUGCAAAACACGGGCUGGGGGGAUCCCCACCCGGCAGUUCUUGCAUUUAGCCCGAACAGUUGGGGUUGAAUUAAAGGCUUUUUUUUUUUUUAAAAAAGGACCCUCCAGUCUCUUGGCUUUCAAAAUUGCAAGCCGUGGAGUCCUUCAGCAUUCCUGUUGAGUUGUAACUGGUCAGUCAUCCUUUGUGUCUAGCGCUAUGGAAAUAACGCUGGCAGUGGAGCAAGACGGCAACCAGGAGUUGGCCAUCUGCCACGAGAGUGUGUCUCCCUCCCCCCUCCUCACACCCACCCACUCUGGCUGUACAGUGGCCGCAUUCUCUUCUAAAACUGUGCUUAUUUGUAGUGAUUAUUGUUUCAUUUGUAGUGAUUAUUGUUUCAUUUCAUUUAGCAAUUUCAUCUGCAUCUCUGGGCGUUGGCAGCACCUGCAGGGUGCCCAACAGUAACGGCCUCCCCAGCUGAAGAUGUCGAACAAUGGAGUUGAAGCAGAAGACAAACCGCCUGCUCCUCCAAUGAGAAAUACUAGCACUAUGAUUGGAUCGGGAAGCAAAGAUGCUGGGACUUUAAACCAUGGCUCAAAACCUUUGCCUCCAAACCCAGAAGAAAAGAAAAGGAAGGACCGAUUUUACCGAGCUAUUUUACCAGGAGAUAAAACCAAUAAAAAGAAAGAGAAAGAGCGGCCGGAGAUCUCCCUUCCUUCAGACUUUGAACACACGAUUCAUGUGGGGUUUGAUGCAGUCACGGGAGAAUUCACAGGAAUGCCGGAGCAAUGGGCCCGUUUACUGCAGACUUCCAACAUCACCAAGUCGGAGCAGAAGAAGAACCCCCAGGCAGUGCUGGACGUGUUGGAGUUUUACAACUCCAAGAAGAUCUCCAACAGCCAGAAGUACAUGAGUUUCACAGAUAAAUCAACAGAGGAUUACAAUUCAUCAAAUACGUUGAACGUGAAGGCUGUCUCCGAGACCCCUGCAGUGCCCUCCGUGUCUGAAGAUGAAGAUGACGAAGAUGAUGCAGCUCCACCCCCCGUGAUAGCGCCGCGACCUGAACACACAAAAUCUAUAUACACCCGCUCUGUGAUAGACCCCCUUCCUCCUCCUACCAGAGAUGUGGCAACCUCUCCUAUUUCUUCUCCCUCGGAAAACAGCACAACAGCGUCUGACAUGCUGAUCAGGAACACGGAGAAACAAAAGAAAAAGCCAAAAAUGUCAGACGAAGAGAUCUUGGAAAAAUUAAGAAGUAUUGUGAGUGUGGGCGAUCCAAAAAAGAAGUACACGUGUUUUGAGAAGAUUGGACAAGGAGCUUCUGGUACAGUUUACACGGCAAUGGAUGUAGCUACAGGACAGGAGGUUGCAAUCAAACAGAUGAAUUUGCAGCAGCAGCCCAAAAAAGAACUGAUUAUUAAUGAAAUCCUUGUGAUGAGGGAAAACAAAAACCCCAACAUUGUCAACUACCUGGACAGUUACCUUGUAGGAGAAGAGCUCUGGGUGGUCAUGGAGUACCUGGCAGGAGGCUCCCUAACAGACGUUGUGACCGAGACCUGCAUGGACGAAGGACAAAUCGCAGCUGUGUGCCGAGAGUGUCUCCAAGCUCUGGAAUUCCUCCAUUCAAACCAAGUUAUUCACAGAGACAUCAAGAGUGACAACAUCCUGCUGGGAAUGGAUGGCUCUGUCAAACUAACUGACUUCGGCUUCUGUGCCCAGAUCACUCCUGAGCAGAGCAAACGCAGCACCAUGGUGGGGACCCCGUACUGGAUGGCACCUGAAGUGGUGACGCGGAAGGCGUACGGGCCCAAAGUGGACAUCUGGUCGCUGGGGAUAAUGGCCAUCGAGAUGAUCGAAGGAGAGCCCCCCUACCUCAAUGAGAACCCCCUGAGAGCCCUGUAUCUCAUUGCCACUAACGGGACUCCAGAACUGCAGAAUCCAGAAAAGCUUUCACCCAUAUUCCGAGACUUCUUAAAUCGCUGUCUUGAAAUGGAUGUGGAAAAGAGAGGUUCUGCGAAAGAGCUGCUACAGCACCAGUUCCUCAAAAUUGCAAAGCCUCUAUCUAGUCUCACUCCUCUGAUUAUUGCAGCUAAAGAGGCAGCCAAGAACAACCAUUAA